AUGAGCGACCGUCUCUCGCAACUCCAAGAGGCUGUUGACCAGCUCAUGGAGCAAUUCAUAGCCACCUACUUCUACAUCGACCGACACCACGACCUCAAGACCUUCAGCCCCAAAGACACCAUCGCGCCCUCCAAAGCCGACCAACCGCCCGAAGUCGACACCCUCCCCCCGGACGUGUUCCAAGCAGGGCAACUUGAACUUGCGCGCGACUUGAUUACGCGAGAGCAGCAGAUCGAGUACCUGAUUUCGAGCUUACCGGGCCUCGAUAAUAGCGAGCAGGACCAGUUGCAGAGCAUCAAGGAGCUCGAGGAGGAGCUGAAUGUGGCGGAGAAACAGAGGCAGGAGGCGGUCAAGGAGAAGGAUGAGGUGUUGGUUAAGUUGGAUCAGACGUUGAGGAGUAUUAGGAGGUAUUGA